GUCGGAUUGAUGCGCUGCUUGAGGGGGCUGAAAUGGUAUGGUGCGGAGGACUCUGCAGACUCAUUCUUUCCUCGAUGUUUUGAUCUGAAAGAUGCAAGCGAUGUCACCGAAUUUCGGCGGGAGUUCAUGUGGUGUGCUGCUUCGAGUGUUCUCAAGCGUGUGCUUUCAGAUGGCUUUCUCGUCCCCGAGGGAGCUUUUGGAGUUGACAAGCAGACACUAGAUAUUGCCCUUGCUGUUUCAACAAGCCACCUCAAGCACAUGGAACAUCUCGUCAAGGAAGAUUAUAAGGACGGCACUCCAUCGGAACACCCAUGCACAAGCGAUCAGCUUGUGAAACUCUAUGGCUGUCCGAUAUUCAGUGGUCACUCGCGUUUCUCGCCGAACAUAUUUUCGCAGUCGCAUUCCUUGUCCUGUCUGCAAGGCAAUCCAGGGGCAUACUCAUAUGCUGCAGUGGGGCCACUUUCACCAAACAGCUGUUGCAGGAUGGCGCACACCAUGGGAAUGGCAGGGAAAUCUGCACCGUCCGCUCCACCACCUCCAGAAGAAAGAACCCGAUUGACUGCAGAAAUGAGGCAAUCGCUUGACAAACUCACCAACCAGCUUCGGUCGUGCUGCCCUCAGUGGGACAUCGAUGGCAUGUGCAACGUUUGGAUUGUCAAACCAGCAGGGAAGUCCAGAGGCAUAGGAAUACGGUGUUUCAACUGUUUAGAAGGCAUCACUGCCUAUGCCGGUGGUCAGAAUGCGGAGCGGUAUGUCGUACAGAAAUAUGUGGAAACGCCACUUCUGCUCCAGGGCCGCAAGUGUGAAUAUCGGCAAUGGGUCAUUGUUACGGAUUGGAAUCCACUAACCAUCUGGUGUUAUGAUACAGGGUACUUCAGAUUUGCUGCAGAAGAUUUCACGCUCGAUGACAUCGACAACGUCUUCAAGCAUGUGAGCAAUAAUCCAGUUGCAAAAUACAGUAGAGAUGCAGGAUCACCAAAUGGCCCUCUUACAGGACAUCCAGCAGAGCCUGGCCGUGCUCAGGCGGCGCCAUCACCAUCAGGGCCUGGUGCCUGGCCCGUGAUACAGCCUCCUCCUUUUGUCCCACCGGUGAUUGGGGUAUCCCCAUAUGCCUCUCCAGCAUCGGUCCAAGCCGUUUCCCUAGGUAUGCCGCUAACAGGAGGGUUCUCAGCAGGUCCUAGUGUGCAGGUUCCCGUACAGACAGUGUAUUCCCAACCUCCGUCGCAGGUUGUCGUAACUGGGCAGCCUGCUGUCUCGCAGUCUGCACAACAACAGUUAGUGCAGCAGCCUACGCCCCAGGGUCUACAACCCGGAGUGGGACAGGUACCGGGACAAGGUCAGUGGGUCCCAAAGACGGCCAUCGCCUCGCUUAAACCCUUUUCAGGGGAUAAGAGGGGCGAAGACCUCGACACAUGGUUGAUGUCAGUGCCAGUCUACGUCAAGUGCAAGUUGACCUUGCCGCACGAGGAAGUGCUUGUGGCUGCCUCCUACCUUGAGGGGAGUGCAGCUAGAUGGUUAAGCGGGCUAGUGCAACUUCAGGGGUACGGUCAUGACUUCCAUGCUUGGGCAGUCAACCAGAAACUGAAGGACUUCCUUAAGCUGGUGGAGGAAAGAUGGCAUGAUCCUCAGGAGGCCCAAAAGGCCACUGACGCGAUCCUGACUCUGAGCAAUAGACCGUUCAAGUCAGUUAGGGAUGCCACAAAUGCGGUAGAGCGUCUGAUCUGCGUUCCUGGAGUUCGUUACGACCCCCAGGUCUUACUCACUACUUAUCUGAGGUGUUUUCCCAUGCCCCUCAGAAAUGAGUUGGUGAAUGAGGCAAACAUCAAUGUGCACAACUUUCCCUUGUUUAGCAAGAAGGCCCUAGACCUGGAUGCAAAGAUAGGGCAUGUGCACCAACCCACUACGAAUGGUAGGAAGAAAGCACUGCCUCCCAACUGGAAGGCGAAGGGUCGUAUUAUGUUUGUCGACAACGAUGGUUCCACCAUCGAGUUGGAUGAUGACUUCCAGGAGGGAGUAGGUUCAGAGGUGGGCAGUGUAGAAGCUUCAGGGGGUGGAGCAGUCGCUGCCUCACACGCAAUGAACCGGAUCUUCCAUGACUACCUGGACAAGUUUGUCAUCGUGUACCUCGACAUACUUAUCUUCAGUAGGACUGUCGAGGAGCACGUUGGUCACUUAGACAAAGUCCUUGGUCUCCUUCGACAACACAAGUUCAAGAUUAACGAUGAGAAGUGCGAGUUUGGCCGCACUCGUAUCUUGUACUUAGGUCAUGAGAUUUCCGUAGAGGGAUUGAAGCCCGAUGACGCGAAGGUGGCCAGCAUUCGUGACUGGCCGCGGCCUCAGUCUGUGACUGAGAUGAGGUCCUUCUUGGGGAUGACCGGCUACUACCGCAACUUUGUCAAGAACUAUUGUAUAGUGGCCGCCCCUUUGACGGACCUGACUCGCCUUGACACCCCAUGGGAGUGGACAAACAGGUGUGAGGCUGCUUUCAGAUACCUGAAGCAUGCUCUGACACACCAUGAGGUCUUGAAGCUUCCCGAUCCCGACAAGCCGUUUAUAGUCACCACGGAUGCUAGCCAAUAUGGCAUAGGCGUCGUGCUCGCGCAGCAGGAGGGACCAAAGUUGAGGUCUGUCGAGUACAUGUGCAAAAAGAUGCCCUGUCAGAAGUUGGCUAAGUCCAUCUAUGAGAAGGAUCUCUAUGUGAUCUAUAAAGUGCUAACCCAUUGGAGACAUUACCUUCUUGGGCAGUUUUUCUACGUCAGGACUGAUCAUCAGACCCUGAAGUGGAUGAGAACCCAGCUUGUGCUCUCCGAUGCGCUAAAACGUUGGAUCAAAGUCAUUGAGCAGUAUGACUUCGAGCCCCAGUACAUCAAAGGUGAGUACAACAAAGUUGCUGAUGCGCUGUCGCGUAGGCCAGAUUUCUCCGGUGCGCUGAUCACUGAGUUUGGGCUUGCGGACGAUGUUACUCGCUCUUUGGUGGAAGCCUAUUGCGAGGAUCCGUUUAUGGCUGAGAUCAUACGCAGACUCGAGACGAAGGACAACACAACUUCUGCUGAGCCUGGUGAGAGCCUGUCCAUGGACUUCAUCGACACACUGGUCACCAACAAGAGUGGAAUGAGACACAUCUUUGUCAUUGUGGAUAGAUUUAGUAAGUACGCUAGAUUAGUUGCGAUGCCUGAAACAGCGAAGACCGAGUACGUCAUUCAGAUGUUCAAGGAGGUCAGAGACUUUGGGCUACCGAAGUCUAUUGUAAGUGACCGGGAUGUCAGAUUCACGAGUGAGUUGUGGAAAGCUGCAGCUGCAGAACAAGGUACACAGCUGCAGAUGACAUCCGGGAAACACCCAGAGGCAAACGGGCAGGCAGAACAGCUGAACCGCGCUGUACAGCACCUGUUAAGGCACUACAUCAAGCCCAACCAGGUGGACUGGGAUGAGAAGCUUGCUCUCAUCGCCAGCCUGUACAACAAUGCUGUGCACAGCGCAACAGGGGUAAGUCCAAACAGUUUGCUACUGACAUUCAAGCCUCGAUUGCCUCUAGACUUUCUACUACCUGAGAAUCAGCCAACAGCUGCACCUGGUACAUUAGAAUUUGCAUAUCGAUAUCAGCAGCUGAUGCAGCACGCUGUAGAACAGAUGCACAAGGCGCAGGCGGCGAUGAUAGAAUCUGAGAACAAGCACCGCCGCCCAUCUACAUUCCAGGUAGGGGACAGAGUCUGGGUCAAGUCCUCAGAACUGGGACAAGAGCACGGGAUAUCCCUCAAGCUGAUGCCACAGUACUUUGGACCCUGGGAGGUUCUAGAUAUUGUCGGGGAUGAUCUGGAUGGGCCGUCAUAUGUAGUUCAGAUCCCUGGUCACCUUCGUACCUUGAAGACGAAGCUGGAGCAACGGCGCUGCAGCCAACAGCUGACAGAGGAGGAACGGUGGACACCGGCGGACAUGGCUAAGGAGCCGGAACAACACAUUUGGAAACACGUUCAGAGACGCUUGGACCUGGUAAGCACAUGUAAAUUAGACGAACAAGUUAGACUGGAGGAGGUGGAGAGGGCAAUAGCAGAGAUCCCCAGACUCAAGGCGGCCGGGCUGAACGGAAUGCCGGUGGAAUUGUAUAGAGACCUUCGCAAUUUCUUCGUGAUCUUGCUGACAGCGGCAUACGAUGAAGCACUGAGACAAGGCUCCUUCCCACGGGGUUUCACGAACGCAUAUGGGAUCCUGCUCUACAAGAAGGGGGCUAAGGAAGAUGUGCGCAACUGGAGCCCAAUAUCUAUCUUGAACGCGCUGAGGGAGGAUGGCGAGGAAGUGCAACCUUGGAGAAGAGGUGGACGAGAAGAAGAAGAAGAGGAGGAGGAGGAGGAGGAGGAGGAGGAGGAGGAGGAGGAGGAGGAGAAAGAUCAGGAUGGAUGGAGAGCCCUGGCGAAGAACAUCAGGGAGAACAUCUCGGCAGACACCGCGCUGGGGGUGUAUGGACUCCCUCCACGGGAAAUGCCAAUCGAAGGAAAAAUGUUGGAUGAGCCAAUCCUGACCCCCUUCGACCCCAUCCUGGUCAAGCUCGAUGAAAAGGCAAAACUCAGCGAGGGCUUGACAUGGAGGGCAUGGGACACUAUCAAAAUGCUCCCGCACAAUGUACUGAACAGAAGAUUCAGCACGACUGACAUCAUCGCCGACUCGCUGGCAGACAUCAUCAGAACCCACCUCUUGACAUCCAGGACUUCGCUGCAAGACGAGGCGACCCCCAUCUACGUGGAGAUGGGGAAUGAUGAAAUGGACAUGGAAAACGAAGAAGAAGAGGACUUUGGUUUGGGAGACGAUCUCUCCCCAGGGGGAGAGGACGAGGUGCUGCACCCGGCAAUAGAGAGCAGCGCGGGGGAAUACAGCAUGGGCACCACAUCCUCGAAGGAGGACAACAGAGACUCGGAUUCCGAGAGCAGCAAGGCCCAGGCUGCAGCAGACUAAAAACACUUUAAAAUUAGUAAAACAUCACCCCACAG